UAUCUUCAGUAUAUUAAGCUAUUCUUAAAGCAUAAACACUGUUCUAAAAUUGUUUGUUAUUUUUUUAAAAAUCCUUUCGUUAAUUGUUAAAAAUGUUCAACGACGUUGUGAAAAAGACACCAAAGAGUUCAGAAGCUACGGAGGCCGACGUUAGGGAAGAUGAAGAACAGGGUGUUAAAUUUCAAGAAAUCAUUGAUCUUCUCGUUGCAGCUGGUUAUUUUCGUGCAAGAAUAAAAGGAUUGUCAAAUUUUGACAAAGUUAUUGGAGGAUUGACUUGGUGUAUAGAGACAUGUAAUUUUGACAUUGAUGUGGAUUUACUUUUUCGUGAAAAUUUAACCAUUGGACAAAAAAUAGCUUUAACUGAAAAAAUUGUUGCCGUCUUACCAAAAAUGAAUUGUCCUCAUCGAAUUGAACCACAUCAGAUUCAAGGUCUUGAUUGUAUUCACAUAUUUCCAGUUGUUCAGUGGUUAGUGAAACGAUCCAUGAAAACAAGGGAGCAAAUGGCGGGAUUUGUAAGAUCCUUUGCUGUUAGUCAAUUUGAAAAGAAUCAUUCAUCUGCAGAUGAACGAAAAGAUUCAGCAUCGGGAAAAAUAGAGAAUAUGAUACCCAAUAUAAUGCUUGUAAAGAAAGUUUAUGAAAUACGACGUCCUGAAGAUGUUACAUCAACUGUACAAAGUUCUCUUUUAGAAUAUGGUGCAGCAGCUCAUAUUUUCACAGACACUGCUGAUGGAAAUGAUGAAAAUCAACACCAGGAGAUGGAUGUUGUUGAUGAUGCAAACGCACAAAUUUCUAAAGUGACUGAUUCUUAUGCUGGUUUAAUGAUUUCUGAAGACAACGCUUCGUUCCGCGCGAUAGCUGCUUUAGAAAAACAAAAGUCCACUUUAGAAAAUAAAGCACAAAAGUUGAGGAAGGAAAGAGACGGCUUGUUAACAAAAGUCUCGGAUGCAAGUGACAGACUGAAAAAAAUACGCACUGGUCGUAAAGUUGUCGAGGAAGCUUUCAAGAAAAUGAAGGAAAUGGAAACCAAUGAAAAUGAAGAAAAGCUGAGAAAAUUAGAAGAACUUCUUUCCGUUCACGAUGGUCUAAAAGAUCAGGAGAACAAAUUUCGUGAUCAGUGCCGAAUGGAUUUGAAUCUUUUAAGAAAUGCUGUUAUGGAAAUUGAAAAAGAUGAGCCACAGGAGGAAGAAGUUCGUGUAAUUGAAUAUGAAGAAAAGAAGGAAAAUGUUAAUCGUCUAAGAUUACAAUUGGCAAAAAAAAAUCGUGUUAUAGCUUCACUAACAAGACAACUUGAUGACGUGCCCGGAAGAUCAGAAUUAACGCAAUAUCAACGGCGUUUUAUGGAAUUAUAUAAUCAAGUUUCUGCAAAGCACAAGGAGACUAAACAAUAUUACACUCUCUACAAUACGUUGGAUGACACCAAACUUUAUUUGAGCAAAGAACUUUCUUUAUUAAAUUCUAUUCAAGAUAAUUAUAACGAAGCAAUGGCUUCUGCAAGUGGUAAAGAACAAUUUUUGAAACAAUUUGAAGCUAUUGUUGAAGGUGUAAAGAGAAAUAAAACGAAGGUUGAAAAGCGCUGUGCAGAAGAAAAAAGUAGAAGAGAUGCUCUAAGUCGACAACUUGUUACUUUAGUAGAGCAGCAAAGGAAGUAUGUUGCGGCUGUUAAACAACUAACAAUAGAGUGUCGUAAAAAUGAAGCUCUUUUGGCUCAACUACGCGGACCAUAGAAUAAGAUACUGUACAAAUAAUAAUUUUUGUCAAACAAGACUUAAUAAAUUAAGCAUUUUUUUUAUUUAUGAUAUAAUUUGUUUU